UGUAUUUUGUGUUUUCUCUUUUUUUGGGUAGAACGAAUAUUAAAAUCAUUGCAAAAAGCCAUGGAUAUUUUGGAUAUAGACGAGGCGCUCAAAGAUGAUUCAUUUAUAUUUCUCGAGGAUAAAACCCACGAUGACAUAUCCAACAUAUUGCAACAGUGGAAAAGUAAUAAUUGUCUACCGCCCUCAAUUAAUCGAACACCGCAACAACCAUUAGAGCAACCUUACAAACUAGACUCCAGAACAUUCACGCGACCCAAACGGAAGUUGGUACAAAAUCUCGAAAGCAGUCAUUUUGCGCAUUCGUCUAAUCAAAAUGCACAGCAAAUUACAGAAAAUCCAAUGCUUAACUUGGAAAUUGGUGGCUUAGUGACUACGAUGGAAAAAUCAUAUCUGCAAGAUACAUCUCCUCCUUCAUUUAUUUCCAUGGAUGCUUCCACUGAUCGCAUGAAUAACUCACUUAUUACAUCUGCAGACUUUUCCAAUCUGAACUUCUUGCAGUCUACUAACAGUUUGGAUUUUAAUGCUGCACUUGAAAACGGCGAAUGUGUUUUCAAUCUAAACGAUAAAGCGACCAGUGAUGGUUAUACCUUGAGUGAUAUGAUUAGAGAUCGCAAAGCAUUGGAAUCAUUAACUAUGUCCAGCGAUGGUACGCUUAUCAAAGAUUCUCACAUUGGUCAAAUUGACGAUAUAUCUUUGAAUCUAAGCAAAACGGCGUCAGGUUGUAGUACUAUGGAUAAUUCGACUGAGAGUGUAGAGGGUGCGAAUCGUACAAUAAGAAAUCUCAAUAUGGAUCGUACAUUAGACUUGGGUGCUUGCAAUAACUUUAAGACUGGUAAUGAAAACCUUCAUCGCACAAUGGUGCUAGCAGAUGAAAUGAUUGGCGAUAUUACAUACAAUCUUGUGGAAAGCGGUACGUAUGGAAAUACAGUUAACGAAAAACCAUCUGCCAUUAUAAAUCGCGUGUCUUCGAAAGGAUCAGCCCAAUCAUCAAAUGAAGAGAAACCAUCUGCCCUCGAUGAAACAAAAUGCCUUUCAACAUUUGCUGCCGUUAAGGCUGUUAAUACGACAUUCGAUUUGCAUUUAAAUGUUACACCGGAUGGAACACCCGAAUGUUUGGAAAAGAAUAUGGCCGCUAUGACAUGUAUCGAAUCCACACCUCAUACAACUACUUUACGUCCCAACAAGAAGCUCUUCACUCCGCCCCUCGAACUAGCCGACAAUAUAUCAUUAAAAAGCGGGGCUUCUUUGAACCUCUCUGAUCGGAAAUUUAACGAAACAUUUGAUUUAAACGAAAGUAAAGGUGAAAGCAAAACUAAGCCUAUCAAUGCGGAAAUUUUUAUGGGGAAACUGCUAGAUACUCAGCAGUCGAUGGAGAUGAUAGAUGAUAUUGAAAGUCCGCAUGAGACUUUGAACAGGACAUAUAGAUGCAGCGUUAACGAAAACACGGCAAGAAAAGAAAUGCAAAACGUAAUGGACUUGGCAGAAGCCGAGGCAAAUUUGUUGGCGUCGAAUAACAAUGAAGAAGAGUUUGAUCAUAUGCUGAAUGAAUUUAGUAAAGUGGAAUUGAAUGCAGAACAAUUGAAAAUGAAAAAGUCACUAGAUUCUAUUAAAAAACGUUUCAAUUACAGUUCGUGUCGAGAAAAAAGUCACAAUGAAACAUCCUCUAGUACAGAUGAUGAAAGCCAUCAUUCCAAAGAAAACCUCAAUGCUACCAUUAGCCUACGCAACGGUCAUGAUAACGAAGAGCAAAAACCAUUCAAUGAAAGGCUAACAGAAUGCUCUCCAGUGCUAAACGAAACGACUGAAAUACAGAAAAACACUUCCAAAGAGUGUACAUCCGGUAAUAUGAACGAUUCGAAGAGUUCAAUACAUUUAUCAAAUGGCCUUAACGUGUCUUAUGUGAACAGUUCAAGUAAUAGCAGUGAACGUCUUCUAAGUAGACGGAGUCGCCUCUACGAUGAUAUUAAUCUCUUGAAUAUAACUACAUCAAAUCCGAGAUUGCCUUUAACGUCAACGUCAUUCACAUUGCCCAAGGACGACAGCGUGACACGUGCGAACGAAACAAAUGAGACUGAAUAUACGAUGAAUACUAUGGGCAGUAAUAAUUAUCAAAGCGACGAUGUAGUGGUAGCUACUGUAGUUGAAGAAUGCGAGAUACCGUCUGACGGAACAGACAUAAUUCCACGAGCAAAUUAUAAUCAAGACUCGCAGGUAAUCCAUUAUAGGCUAGCGGAAAAGCGUGAACGUGAUCGAGAUCGGUUCAAAACUAUUAAUAUUACUAAGAAUCGUAGCGGUGGCGAUGAAGCUCCUAUAAAACCUGAACUAAAUGUGCCUUGUAUAGAUGAUUGUUAUGACCAGCAAUUACAGUUAGAUAUCGAGAAAGAUGAUUCGCAGCCUAAUAGUCAAAGAAAUUCCCGAUGCGAUGGUUCCGAUUCGCCUGUUUCUUAUAACAAUGAAUCAACGGCGGACACGGAAAACGCUUCCAAAGUCAAUACAAAUUAUUUAACCUACAGAAAGCCUAGAGAAAAACAAUCAGUCAUUCGAAACUUGCCAGAAGUCGCUCCUCUUAUUUCGACUGCAGCACCAACAGAACAAUCUGCUGCAAAGCCACGUUCAUUAUCAAGACCUCGUUACAUAAGUGGAUUAACUAAAUUUAGCGCGGUCAGCAAAGCGACUUCUGCCGAUGAAUUAGAAAAAACUGUCCAUCGUCAAACGAAUGCAAAUACUAAAACAUCAGGAUUAGGUGGUCCGACCAAAAUUUCAGGCACUCGUAUAUCGGUUAACGUGAACAAAACUAAGGGGUGCAGUGAUCUUAAAAGCCCCAUGGGCAUCAAAUCAAAAUCGUUUCAUAAUUUAUCGGGCAAUAUAACUGGCGUAUCGGCAAUUAAUAAUAAUAAUGGAGUUUCGACCGCAACGAAAACAUUUGGUUUACGAAAACCCAACAGUAUUGGUAGUGGCUUAGUUAAACCCAAUCAAGUACGACAUUCGACGAUGGGAAGCCCUAAUAAUUUGCAACAGCAAGCUACUCAACAGGUAAAUAAAAAAGAUGAUUCAGUAUUUAAGGUUCCGAAGCUUGUAUCUGGUAUACGAACGUCUGGCAGUGGCGGAACUAACGGUGUUCCAAAGCGUGCUGGGCUUGUGCGACCUUCAUCGGGUUAUUAUAGUCUUAAUGUGACGGCUAAAAGUGCUCAACAUCCCACGGGCGAUCUAGAGUCCGACAUUGAAAGACAUUCCCCCACAGAUAGUAUGUCUUCGGCAUCUUCAUCACACAGUCUUACUAAGCAGUCUCAAGCCGUUAAGCCUCCCAAUGCUAUAGCACAGUUAACAGCUAAAGCUGUAAAUGUACCGGCAAAUCUAACGAAAGUUACUAUUGGUUCCACAGGUAUUCCCAAACCUUCUGGCCUAAGGCCCCCAUCGAAUAUUAAACGCAGUGGUCUUCCUCGGCCGUCUAGUUUUAUAAAAGCCGAGAAAUAAAUUUCAAAUUUUCCAAGUUUUUUUUUUUCCCCCAAUUUUUUCUUUUCCUAAAAAAACGAACCAUU